CCCAUCGAGACAUCGACCCGUCCGCACGAGUCACUGCUCUGCACGGUCAGGUUCGCACCGGCACCUCGCACCCCCGAUCUGAUUGAAUCCGAGCAGGAGCAGCGCCGGCGGCGACGAUGGGAGGCGACCAUGGCGGCGGGCACGGGGGCGGCGACUUCCGCCAGAAGGUGUGGAGCAUGACGGGAGGGCCCUACUGCCGCCCCGUCCACUGGCGCCGCAACACCGCCAUCGCCAUGUUCGGUGUCUUCCUCGUCUGCAUCCCCAUCGCCAUGAAGUCCGCGGAGCUUGAGCAACGCCCCCAUCAUCCAGUCCGGCCAAUCCCAUCGCAACUGUGGUGCAAAAACUUUGGCAAGAAGGAGUAUUGAAGCACCUGCCAGCUAGCAUGGAGUGGGGCACGUUGCUUUUGCCUUCUUUUUGUCAAAACUUGUGCUCAGAUAUAAUGCUGGAUGAAGUGUUAUGAGCAUAUUCUGGAACGCUUCAUGUAAUGUCUUUUGACUUUUUCUUUUAUCAUGCCAUGAGAAGUGCAUGCUGAACUCAAAUAAACUGGUGAUUCAUAAGCCUCUGAUAAUUUACUUAAGGUUGAUGCUGUGAAUGUAGACAUGGCAGGUUGGCCUUGCAUACUUACUGUUGAAGUUCCUUCUUGUA